GCUCUUUCCUUCCCGCCCCCCCAGCAGCUCGGCUUUCCUGCGCUAGCAGCAGCAGCGGUGGUGUGUCACCGAGGCUACGCUGCUGCCGGAGAGACCCGGAGUCAGGGCGAACAGACACCGAGUUCAUCCACACUGGCAUCACAGCGGGGCUGAGGGGCUGCCCCGGCGAGCUUUACACCUGAACACCGGUUCGGUUGGAUACGUGUCUGCGCCGCCCGUCCUCUUGAUGUCGGACUUCAAGCUCGGGAUCGUGCGGCUCGGCCGUGUGGCCGGGAAGACAAAAUAUACACUGAUUGAUGAACAGGACAUACCGCUUGUGGAAAACUAUGCAUUUGAGGCGCGCAUGGAGGUAGAUGCAGAUGGCAAUGGAGCUAAAAUCUUUGCCUACGCUUUCGACAUUGGCAAAGGCCGCUGGGCAGGAAGGCCUUUGCAUGAGCUGCUCUGGGAGAAGCACAGAGGAGGCAUCGCCCCCAGCUUUCAGGUCAUCCACAUCAACUCUGUGACCGUGGACAACCGGCUAGACAACCUGCGAUUGGUGCCAGUGGGCUGGAGCCCCAAGCCGGAGGAGAUUUCCAGCAAACAGAGAGAGCAGUCUCUGUACUGGCUGGCCAUCCAGCAAGUGCCGGCCGACCCGGUGGAGGAGCAGUAUCUGGAGCUGAGCCGCACACGCUACUACAACGCUAACGGGGAGCUGGUGGAGGAAGAGGAGUGCUCCUGCACCUACUACGAGUGUCACUAUCCUCCUUGUUCACUCAUCGAGAGGAGGCUCCGGGAAUUCAACAUCUGCGGCCGCUGCCAGGUGGCGCGCUACUGCGGCUCCCAGUGCCAACAGAGGGACUGGCCCGCCCACAAGAAGCAGUGUCGCGAGCGCAAGCGGGUGCUGGCCCUGGAGUCGGAGCCCGAGCGAUGAUCUACCCUCACCCUCGCCUGGGAGAGGAGGAGGAGGGAGAGCAGGAGAGGGGAGGGUUGGACUUGUGGGAUGGGAGCGGGGAUGAAUUGCUGACAAGAGACUAACGACAGAGGACAAUGUUGGUAGCUCGAUUGAUUGAUGGACUCAGGGGGUAAGAAGAUGGAGGAGGGGAAGGAGAGUAAAAGCAAAAAGACAUCUGCCACUUCCCAGAACUGUAGUUCUCCAUAGCUUGGUUUCUGGAUGACGGGAAAAGGUAUUAUUUUUUUCAUUAUUUUUCUCGAGGAGGGAGACCCUCGAGCUCUACCUGCUGCUAUGGAUUUUGUAUGCGAGGGGGAAAAGGUUGUCUUGUCGAAGAACUGGACAAGCUUCUUUGGACCACAACAUGGACACUUGUCGUCAUCCACUUUAGUUCCCCCCCCCCCCCCCCCCCCCCCCCCCAGCUGUGGGUGUGGUGACAUCUGUGCGAACGGGGACCCCGGUCAUUCAGCUGGUACAACGGGACAUGGACCUUCUCACUGUAUUGCUCCCUCUCCGGUGCACAGGGCUGCUUCCUCACGGUCAUCGACACCCUGUCCGUCAUACCCCCCCCCACGCAGCCCACUCACAUCAUAUUUGAGAUUUCACUGAUUGAAUCACACUACCAGUAUUGAGUGUGUAUGAGUGUGUGUGUGUGUGUGUGUGUGUGUGUGUGUGUAUGUAUGUGUUUGUGCUGCCAAUGUUUACUGAAAGACAUUUAAAAGCUCAACGUGGGUUAUUAUUAUUAUGGGCAGGGUUAAUGUAUGACUUUUCUCUUCAUAAAGGGGCCAUAUUACACCAUUUUUAAAAUUCAUAUUUAAGCAUUAAUUGGUGGGUUAAAAUCUCUUCACUGUUCUAGAAUAAAGUAGCUGCCAAAUAAAGGCUUUCAUUUCUUUCUAGAAAGUUUCUCGCCCCAUCAGUUUAUCAUUUUUCUAUCAAUUUGAUUCGACUUUUGCUACCACGUUGUAAGAAACUGGAUUACAUUUUUGUUUUCUUUCAAUCAGCAUUUUCAAAAUUCUCCAGUUAGUAUUUAAAAAGCAGUUCUGGGUGUUUUUAAAGUUCUUGUCUUGUUAUGAUCCAACAGAAACCGGUUGUUGGUCACCUUAUAAGAAAUUGCUUGCUCGUGAUCACAAAAUAAUAAUGUAUUGUUCUCCGGACACACAGUAUCCAUCUCUCUCUGACAUUCUUUUCUGAUCAUUAUCUCUGCCAAAGUCUACUAUGACCCGUAGUUUGGCUCUCCUGUAUCUACUGGUUUAAAUCCCUCCAGUCAGUCUUAUUUUGCUGGUUUUUAACAGACAACAUGUCUUUUUGCACCUGCAGGGUUAUGGUAUGUGUGUCGGGGGAGGGUGGCAGUUUCUUGUGUGAGAGUUUGCUCUAAGGGUUAUUUUUUAAUAUAAAUUCUAUCAAUUGAGCUAUAUUUAUUUAAACAUUUGAUUGUGAAACAUGUUUUUGUCCUGGUGAUAUUUGAAGGCGAACGUUAGAAAAAUAUGGACAAUAUGGGACCUUUUUAUGUCACAUCUCUUUGGGCAGGAAGGGGGAGGGGCUUGAACAUUUCAACCCUGUUACUUGUUUUUCUUUCCUGAUCCUGAAUUAAUAAGUGAGUCCUCCUCAGUGUUGCCCUUCCAGAUUUCCCAUGAAAACACUGCACACCAUCAUUGUCACUAGAAAUCUUCCACGUGAGAGACGUCUUAGAGCGUAAAACUUGAAUUCCCCCCUUUUACACAACUUUUUAGGAGAAUUGUACUUUGAAAAGUGGUUUUAUGAACUGAACCAUCUCAUUUGGAACCACGACAGUCAAAGUGAAAUUUGUUCUGUCAAUUUUAUCCUUAAUCGCCUGCCUUCCUUGUAUUUCCUACAAUGCGCACCUGCUUAACGUCUCCUCUCGUGUCUUAGGUGAGGAGUCCAGACACUUAGUAAGCAUGUAACUCACAGAUGUACAUGCGACUCGUUGAUUGUUUAUUUUGUAUGUGUGUGUGCGAACAGGUUUUCAACACUGCACUAAAGAUUUGGCUCCCAUGUUAGCUUAUUUGUCAUCGACGGGUCGAAGGGAGGGGUGUGAUUUGGAUUUUGGAGUGUACAGAUUGUGUCUGAAAUCUUUGUUUUGUAAGAAUAUAAACAUUAAUCACCUAGAAAUAAAAGAGCUACAAUAUCUGAAUGGAAGUAAAGUUGGGAGGGGGGGGGAUAUCUGACCGUUGCUUUUCCAAUGUAAAAUGAUAAUAAAUAAAAAUAAACCUUAA